CUGCCCGGCGGCUCCCGGCAGCGGGGGCUCUGCAGACUGGGGCGGCGGGAGGGGCUCACCGGGCCCAGAUGCCCCCCCACAGCUCGGUCACCCAGGCCCCGCCCUCUCGCUUGGGGGUGGCAGGCAGCAGCAGGGCCCCUGGAGGCUGCAUGGUCUGGCACCAGUUAGCGGGUCCCUGGGCUCCCCAGUGUCCUAGUCGCUGGACACCCUCGAACCCCGUGCUAUGCGGAGCCCAGGGGCUCCGGUUACCAGCCUUGAGAGCCUCAUUCCAUGUCUUCCCUGUGGGGUGGGGUGGUCAGCUAUCACCUACAGCCAGGCUCUGGCAGGAGGCCCUGAGAGGCCAGCUCCAAGGUGACCUGGUGUCACCCUGCUCUGGGCCACCCCAAGGUGGGGGUCCGUUGGCUGCAGUUUACCUUGGGUCCCCGGGCAGCAGCUGAGGCCGAGACUCUGACAGCCCAUCAGGCUGACGCAUGCCUCUGCCCUCCCUGCUGACCCCACACUUCUCUGAGGCCCUUAAGAACCCCAGAAUUCCCUUCUGGGUCCCAGGCAGAACACUGUCAAGGUGGAGAACCCUUGAGGCUACCUAGGCUGGCCUCUCCCACAUUUGAGGAAACUGAAGCUUACGCCAGCACGGUGGCAUGACCAGGGUGAACCCCAAGGUCGGGGCAGAGGCUGGACUCCUGCCCGCGGCCCUGAGCACCCACCCCCCAUUUCCCACCGUGCCUGCGGCCCUUCGCCUCGUGCCCUGGUGAUCCCUGUGGAGCGGCAGCCUCAGGAGGCAGAGCUGGGCCAGCACGGGGUCUCCAGAGACCCCUGGAGGAGGGACAGAAGCCCAGGGCCCGUGGCAGGGGAGAGCGGUGGCAGGCCCCAGGCAGGAAUUUUAAAGGCAGUUUGUGGCGGGGAUGGCGGCUACACGCCCAGUGACUCAUCACCCUCUGGCUCCGACGCUGGGAGGGGAUUGCAGACAUUUUCCAGCCUGUGAAUGGCUCAGAGUGACCCGACCUGUCAGAUGCACCCCAGCCGCCCCAUCCCGUCAGUGGACCCAUUUGGACGGCAGGUGUACCUCCAGCUGAGAGGAGCGUUCGUGGGCUGGCACGCUCAGAGCCACCAACAGGCAGGCUAAAGCCUCCCAAAGCCUGGCCGGCACCCUCCGGUGCCUGCUUGCAGAUUCCCCUUGGCCUGGGCCAGGACAGCAGGUCCCUCCCUCUGCUACGCAGUGUCAGGACCAGAGAACAAUCCUUCAAGACCCAGCUUCCCGCCAGCGGAAUGCCUGCCUUGAGGAACUCGCCGUUUGUGUCAUGUUGGACUCUUUGAAAGCAGACUACAGACACCAAGGCCCUCCGUCCCCAAAUCUAAGGACAAAGACAGCUCCGCACAGAGCACAGUGCAUUUCCUGCUCCCGCGUUUAGCCCUGAUGCGCCGCUGUCACACACAAGCUCUCGCUCCCUGCUCUUCCCACUAACAGUGUUUGCAGCGACUGUCAGACCCACAGUGAUAUCUGGGAUAACUGCCCUGCCCUUGACGGCCUCCUUCAGUCUAGAAAGGAGGAGCCAGUGAAUUGCUCCAGAGCCAGUGGCUCUGCGCGUGUGUGAUCAGGACCAGCAUCACCGGCGUCUCCCCACGCCCACACAGAUGUGUCCCGGCGCCAGCGAGGCCCCGGAGCUCUACAGCCGUGGCUUCCUGACCACCGAGGAAACCACCACGCUGCCGCCGCCCGUGCUCACCAACUACAUCUUCCUGCUCCUCUGCUUGUGCGGCCUGGUGGGCAACGGGCUGGUCCUCUGGUUUUUCGGUUUCUCCAUCAAGAGGAGUCCCUUCUCCAUCUACUUUCUGCACCUGGCCAGCGCCGAUGUCGGCUACCUCUCCAACAAGGCCGUGUUCUCCGUCCUGAACACAGGGGGCUUCCUGGGCCCAUUUGCCAACUAUGUCCGCGCCGUGUGCAGGUUCCUGGGGCUCCUCACGUUUGUCACCAGCGUGAGUCUCCUGCCGGCCGUCAGCUCGGAGCGCUGCCUGUCGGUCAUCUUCCCCACCUGGUACUGGCACCGUCGGCCCAAACGCCUGUCGGCCGUGGUGUGCACCCUGCUCUGGACCCUGUCGCUCCUGGUCACCAGCAUCCACAACUACUUUUGUGUGUUCCUGGGCCGCCAGGCCUCCCGGCUGGCCUGCAGGCACAUGGACACCUUCCUGGGCAUCCUGCUUUUCCUGGUCUUCUGCCCGCUCAUGGUGCUGCCCUGCCUGGCACUCAUCCUGCACGUGGAAUGCCGGGCCCGGCGGCGCCAGCGCUCCGCCAAGCUCAACCACGUCAUCCUGGCCAUGGUCUCGGUCUUCCUGGUGUCUUCCAUCUACUUAGGCAUUGACUGGUUCCUCUUCUGGGUCUUCCAGAUCCCGGCCCCCUUCCCCGAGUACGUCACCGACCUGUGCAUCUGUAUCAACAGCGGCGCCAAGCCGGUCAUCUACUUCCUGGCCGGGAGGGACAAGUCGCAGCGGCUCUGGGAGCCCCUCAGGGUGGUCUUCCAGCGGGCCCUGCGAGACGGCGCCGAGCUGGGAGAGCCCGGGGGCGGCACCCCCAACACGGUCACCAUGGAGAUGCAGCGCCCCUCCGGAAAUGCCUCCUGAGAGGCCAGCGCCUGGUGGGGAGGCAGGGGACACAGACGGCCGAGGGCCUCUGGAGACUCUUUGCCAAGGGACAGGAGCUCAGCAGCCCCCUGGGGCCCCGCACGCAGGGAGAAAAGCCUGUUUCCAGCCCUUCACGCCUCCUCCUCCAUGGCUGAGGCUCCACGGGGGGCCGAGAGACUGAGCAGACACCUGGAAACAGACCCUGUGGCCCUACCAGGCCCCCUCAGCCAUGCUGCCCCUCCAGUGACCCACUGUACAGACGCCGACCCCGGUGGGGGGCCAGGUGUUGAGGCCCCUCCUCCACCCAGGCUGGGCAGGGAAGAAGGGUGUGCCCAGCCCUGUCUGCCUCCUGCCCCUCUGAUCAGCCCUCCUUGAAAGGGACACGGCCAGCACGGCUGCUGAAGGGCCAGCAGCUUCGCCUCAGCAGAAGGGCACCUGGUCUUCGUGCUCCAUCCCCUCAAGGCACUGCGAGUGCACGGACCGGAACAAAACGGUGCUCCCCGGAGCAGGGCUUUCUGCAAACGGCGUCCCUGCCCGUGACGAAGCUUUUGGUGACUUUAAGGAGGGAGUGCCUGGCUGUGGAGAACAGCUGGAGAUGGCCAAGGCGCUCAGCCAGUGCGGUAGGUCACUCUGUCUUCUGAUUCCAUGCCAGCCCUCCCGACGCCACCUCCAGAGCUCGCCAUGCGCCCCAGCUGCUCUGUGCCUGGGGCCAGGGAUCCGGCAGACUGUCCGAGCCAUCUCUGGCUUCCAGCACCCCCCCGCAAGUGGGGACUGGCUCUAGCUGGCCACCCUAGCCCCCCUCCAAACACAGUGGCCAAACAGAAGUUUUAUGAGACAACAGAUGUAUAUCAAUAAACCUUUUGUAUCUUGCACUGAGGAAA